AUGGUUAAAUUUACAUCCGCCAUUGUCAUUGCCUUUGCGGCUUUGGCCACCGCUGCACCUACCAAUGACUACCCCAAGUACGGGAAAUUCGGGGAGUUUGAAGCUGUCAACAAUGAGAAGCGAACCAACGACUACCCUAAAUAUGGAAAGUUUGGAGAGUUUGAAGCUGUCAACAACGAGAAGAGAACCAACGACUAUCCCAAGUAUGGCAAGUUUGGAGAGUUCGAGGCUGUCAACAACGCGAAACGAACCAACGACUACCCCAAAUAUGGAAAGUUUGGAGAGUUCGAGGCGGUGAAUAAUGAAAAACGAACAAAUGACUACCCUAAAUAUGGUAAAUUCGGGGAAUUCGAGGCUGUUAACAACGAAAAGCGAACCAACGACUAUCCUAAGUAUGGCAAGUUUGGAGAGUUUGAGGCCGUCAAUAAUGAGAAGAGAACAAAUGACUACCCCAAGUAUGGAAAGUUUGGAGAGUUUGAAGCUGUCAACAACGAGAAGCGUACGGAUGCCGAGUAA